CAGAGAUUCCGGAUGUCUGCUGUCGUAAGAGGAAAAUUUGUUUUCUGCUUCUCAUUCUUGACAGCUUGUUUGCAGCCGGGCUGCUGAUGAAAGUUGAUGUAGCGAACUAGAUAUUCAGCCCAACGUUUCGGCGGUACAAAAUCUGACUGGGAUGGUAUCAUGGAGAGAGACAAUCAUCAAGAAGGAGAGGCACAGGGAGUGAAGAUUUGUGAACCAUCCUGUGAGAGCAAUCCACCUGCUGACACGUUGGCGACUUCUCUCUCCCUCUUGGGGAAUCACAUGUUCCCGGAUCCUGUGGAGAGAAACCACAGCACCACUGUCAGCAAAGAGGAGCCUGCAGAUUCACUCCCGUCUGAUGCUGUAGCCGAGGAGAAGAGUCAGGAUGCAGAGCCCGAUUCAAACCAGGUAACGAAGCUAGAGACUGAGGCGACAGAAAACUCUGAGUGUCAGAACAAUGCGUCCACGCAGCCGUCUGACACAGAGACAGAGGAUGCUGCCACUGACAAUGACCGCAGCGACUCUGGGGAGUUUGUUGUUACAAUGCUGGCCAAGGCCAAGCUGGAGGAGCAAGGUAUAGGUGUGAAGGGAAGGUCAUCUCCCUUGUUGGAGGCAGGCACCCAGGAAACUCCGGCUUUUAUGUCUCAUCGUGACGAGGAUGUGACAACUGACGGCUGGCGGCAGCACAGGAAGCAUGUUUUUGUGCUGAGCGAAGCAGGCAAACCCAUCUAUUCCCGGUACGGCAGUGAAGAGGCUCUUUCAUCCACAAUGGGAGUCAUGAUGGCGCUGGUGUCCUUUGUUCAAAGUGGAGAUAAUAUCAUCCGCUCGGUCUAUUCAGAGGGGCACACCGUGGUGUUCUUACAGAAAGGACCCCUCGUGCUGGUGUGUGUCUCCAGCAGUCGUCAGUCUGAGCAGCAGCUGCGUGGAGAGCUCCUCUAUGUGUACUAUCAGAUCAUCAGCAUGCUCACCCAGGCCAGCAUAUCCCGCAUCUUCGAACACAAGAAAAACUACGACCUGAGGAGGCUCCUGGCAGGCUCCGAGAAGAUCCUGGACGGUCUUCUCAACCUGGUGGACUCUGACCCCAGCUUUCUGCUAGCAGCAGUGCACUGCCUGCCCCUCGCUUCUUCUCUCAGGGACUCUCUCAGCCAGAUCCUGCAGAAAGCAAUCACCCCCAAUCUGGUUUUCUCCAUCCUCAUUGCCAAUAACCAGCUACUCACCAUCGUCCAAGAAAAGACAGUCAUUGAGGACACCAGGCUGGAGCCCGCUGACGUCCACCUCCUGCUCAACCUCAUUGGAGCCUCCUCUGCCUUUCAGGCUGGGGAGAUCUGGACUCCCAUCUGUCUCCCACUCUUUAAUCCUGACUGUUACUUUUAUGCAUACAUUUCUUACCUGGACCCUCCAGAAUGCACUGUUUGCUUGCUGCUGCUCUCGACAGACAAGGAGGCUUUCUACGCUGUAGCUGAGUGCAAGAGGAAGAUAGAGGAGGCCAUGACGGCUCAUAACUCCCUGAGCCUCAUUGCCAAAGUCCAGUCGUACAGCGUGAGCCAGGUGGGCGUCUCAGACCUCAGACACUUCAUGUACAAGCCCUUUGAUGUGCCAGACAACUACCGCCAGCUCACUCAGUUCACCAGCCCAGAGAUGGAGGCACCGUACAGCAGCGAGGAGGAGAAAAUGAGACUGCUGGACCUUUAUCGUUAUAUGCACAGCCGCAUCCACAGCACCUCACGACCCCUCAAGCUCAUCUACCACGUCGCUGAGAGGGAAACUCUGCUAGCCUGGGUCACCAGUAAGUUUGAGCUGUACACCUGCUUCAGUCCUCUGGUGACAAAGGCCUGCGCUAUUACUGCUAUCACUAAGCUCCUAAGGUGGAUUAAAAAGGAGGAGGACCGUCUCUUCAUCAGAUAUCCCCCAAAGUAUUCAACCACCCCAAAUCCCAGCAAGAGCUCUCGAGGUGGCAAAUCUGACCAGCAAGACUCCACAGAUAACGGCUUCUUAUCUCUUCUAUAAGACUCUCCCUUAGUGCUACAAUAGUCGCUCCGCCUCAUUCAACAAUAGUUUGUACACUGGUUCCGAGAUAUUUUUGAACCCUCUUUUGACACUUGUUGGACUUGACAGACACUGACUACUGGAAUCAAACACUACAAAAGUUUUACACUAUUUAAGAAGGAAUGAACUCUUUCGGACAAGUAUUAUUUCUUUACCUUAACAGGAAAGCAUGUCGUUGCAUCAGUGCUUUCGAUCAGAGACAGUCAGGGCAAAACAGCAUUAGUACGUUUUAAAUUGAAACUGUGGUAGAAAAUAAUUGCAAUGAUAUUUAAAUGUUUUUAUAUUGUUUUAUUACUGCAGCAAGAGAGGAAAUUCCCUCACGGACAGUGAAUGUAUCACACAGACGACAGCUCAUUCAUACGCUGUAACUAUUCACGGCAGUAAGUGAAGAUGAGGAGUUCAACCAACUUAAACUACCUUUCUCAGACUAGUUCUUAGAUAUAGAUUUCUGUCAUCAAACAAAAACAUCCUGAUGUUACAAAACAGGUUAUGCAAGGAAUGAAGGUGUAUUGUGUUUUUGGGGCGACAUAAACUGGAAUAACAACAACUGGAACUGCCAGAGCAGGGAUGGGCCACCAUGUGUCAUACAGGGCUGUGAACAGACAACCUGCCCUCUAUGACUUUGGCUGCCCGUCCCUGUGAUUGAACUUGAAAAACAUGGUGUUGUUUCACAUCCCACUGAUGUUUGUAUUCAAAUAUAAAUGAUCAGGUUUCAUUCAUGUUACAGUAUGUGCAGAAAACAGAGUAGGAAAUCCCAGCCUGUUACACCUGAUCACUCUACAUGAUCGACAUUGUCAUUGUUAGUGUUUUCAUUGUCAUCCAGUUAAGCUAAGAAGAUGCCACUGAGCUCACACAAUGUUUUUCUGCAGAUACUUCUAGUCAGUCGACACUUGAUGUAGUGACUUCAGGCGACUUAUCUUUUUGGAUAAUAGUUUUGUAAAGAUGGUCUAUAAACAGUAGCCUCAUCCUUGUGUCCUUUGAGGAGUUUCCUGUCAAUUCAAGUCUUAAGAGUAUGUCUAUAGUAUUAUAGAAUAAAUCCCAGGUUGCACAAAGCUACUCUUGUCCUCAUUAAUGCCGGCCUUAAGACGAACGACUUUUCAAGCAGUUUCAAUGUCGCAGACGAAUUCCCAAUGUCGGAAUAAAAUCAUGAGAGUGUUGCCUCA